CAGUCUCGCAGCCGCCCCGCGCUCCUCCCCACACGAGACACGCAGCCCCACCAGCCCGAGGCCGAUCGGCUCCCCACGGCCUCGCCGAGCUGGCCGGAGCCGCCUGGGGCCCUCACGUUGCGGAGCCACGUGCAGCGCCGUCUGGCGAGGCGCCCAGCCCGCCUCAGCUCAGCCCUUCCCGGCGGCACGUGAGGCGGGGCAGGGCGGGAGCCGGGCUGAGGCGCGCCGCGCCGCUUUACGAACCCGGCGGCAGCCUGACACCCGGGCUGCUUUCCUCGUCGUCCGCCGCUGCCGGGGACACCCGUUCCCCGGGCCGCGCGAAAGAGAGAGCAGGGGGCGGCACUCGGCGUGUCCCCGCAUCAGGGAAUCGCUCCUGGAUGCGCUCGCCAGAGAGCAGCACCAGGGAGAAAAGAUGGAGCGGCAGCUGGGGAGGAUAGUGCACAGCCAGCGGAAUCUCUUUGGCCCAGUAGACCAUGAGCAGCUGCAUUGGGACUUCCAGCACAUGCUGUGCAGCAAUAUCGAAGGGGCCCAGCAGAAGUGGAACUUCGAUUUCCUACAGGAUGUGCCAAUGGAGGGAUUCCUGCAGUGGGAAGAGCUGGGGGGCCAUGAGGUGCCAACCUUCUAUCACAGCUGUGUGGUGAGAGAGAGCCGGAGGCCACUGCGGCACCUGAAUCGGCCCCUGUGCAGGGAGGAAAAGGCUCACCGGUUGACCUUGACGGCACUGGCAGAGAAACCAAAGGCUUCCAAGCAAAUGGGAGCUGGGAAGGUCCCAGAAGGAAAGAAAAGAAGACAGAUGUCUUUAACAGAUUACUACUCAGGAAAGAAGCGAAUCAGGACGAAUACACAAGCUGCUGCAAAGAAGCCAACUGCCUGAAAGCAAGCACUGAACUGUCCUGUACCAGAGAGGCUACAAGCAUCUGCUGGGUUUCCUUAGCAUUGAAAAACUUCAUGUGCAGGAUUGGACCCAUUACACUAAGACGUAUACUGAUGACAGUGAUCUCACAAGUACAAAAAACUUUGGUUGGAAUGAGUUCAGGCCAAAUCAACUGGAAACACUUCAGUGAGAAAUUACUAGCCUUAAAAGACACUAGUUAGCACAUGUGGACUCUACAGGAUUCGGUGAAGGCUAGCAGUUCAAUGUGCACUAAAAAUCACUGGACAUGAGAAAAUGAUGAACACUUAAAAAAAAACAGCACAUAUGUGUGUAAUGUGGUUCUUGGACAUGUCAGGGUACAGUUGGGAUUUUUUAUAUUGUUGUGUCUUUGCAUAUGCUUUUUUUUUUUCCUUAAAGCAGGGUGUCUUAUUAAACAUCACCAUCUCAUUUUUACAGGUCUGACAACUAAGAAUAAUUCCCAGGCACAUCUGUGGUUUUUAUCAGGUACAAAAUUUUGUGCUUACAGCUAUCCAGAGCAUAAGUAACAGCACUUGGGUGCCAAGUAUUGCUGGAUUGUAAAUGGAGAAAGCUGAAAUUAUUUGGGAAAGCUUCCACUUAUAUCAGCAGGCAUGUUAACUCUGUAUGUCUGCCCACUGUGGAAGAAUUGGAUAGUUCGGCUUGUUAUGAGUACAUGUUUCCAGAUAUACUCUUGCAGCUUUUAAGUCAUUCCUGUUAUCAGCUGUGUAAAAAUUCACCUGUUAUUUUCAGCUGUGCUAUUCCAUCUAGGACUUUGGAUUUGCAGUGUAAAUUAGGAUAAAAUUUGCUGUGCCUUCAUCCACAGUUUUUAAAAAUGCUUGCUGCUUGUAAGAACAUGCUACAAAAGAGGUAAACUGUUUAGUUGCUUUUAGUGCUUUUUUCAUACUAAUAUUGUUUUUGUAAGAAGAAAAAGGGAAUUAAUAACAUAAUGAUCUUGACAUUGUGUGGACUGCUUUUUCUGUGGCAUUUGUUAACAGACUUUUCCAUCACCUACUUUUUAUUUCCCUUUUUCAUUCCCCUGACUGGUUUGGAUAACUGAGGUUUUACAGCACAUAAUAAUCAGUGGGUAAAACAGAAAAAGAAACCUAUAAAAUAUACACUCUAAAUUAUACUGCUGCAUAUGGCCGUAAUAUGCACGUGAUGUUUAAUGAACACAUUUGGUAAGAGCUUUGUAAAUGUCAGCUUUUUUAGGACAUUGUGCAGUGGUGGAAUACUACUUUUCAUCUUGAAUCUAAACAAGCCAAGGUUUAUCUUGGGCAGGAAGAACCAACAUGCGCAUGCAUGUGCACGUCAGUUGUGCACACAGGAAUUGAAGUAAGGAAGUAAUACAUCCUGCACUGCACGCAAUGUCAGGAUGGUUUAGAGCAUUUAUUUUUUUCCCAUUAAGAGCUGCAGUGAUCAGAUGUAAAUAAUGUUUGCCCCCAAAUGGCAAAAAACAGCGAUGAUUUGUUUCUAUAUGCUGAGACAAAUAUGCUCAGCAAAUUGCUCUUGGAACCUGUUUCCAGAUGCAUGCAAGAGAGUCACAAGAAGAGAUUUUCUCUCCUGGGUUUGUGAUGUAAUGAGGAACCAAACUUGCUCUAGCUGAUGUCAAAGGCAUUUCUAUGCAACUGAAGCCAGAUAAGGGUCAACCUUGGCAAAUGCUGCUAGUCAUGCAUUCGGUGUGUUUAUGACUGGACCAUUCUGUAACAAGCUUCUCACCACAUUGAGAUAUAGGUGAGCAGUUGGACAAUUUGUGAGAUUAUUUUUAAACUUGACUUGUGAUUAGAACAGGCUAAUAUACAUUUUUUAAGUGUAGUGUUUUUCCUUAAUCAGAAAAAUUGCACAACAGUUUCUCCAUGUGUUUGUGAUUUUUAAAUCAGACCAAUGACACUGAGCUACAGCUUUUUGUUUUGUAGCAAGGUUACUUGCAGAAUUGCUUUCUGAUCAGGAUGACAUGAGUUGUGCAUAAAAGGCUGUAAGUUUGUCAUGGA